UGACAAGAGUGAGCAGUGUGACUUUUUUGUUCAUUCGAGAUUUAGACUAUAAUGAUUGAGCAGUAAUUAAGUUUCAGAAAGGAACUGCCCUAGAUGGAGAAGUUGUUAUCAAGAUCCUGUAUUUGCUGUCAGUCACUGAGGGAUUUCUCUAGACACAAUCAGUUAUUCCAAAAUGGGUUUCACAAAUCAGGAGUAUUGAGACAGAAGACUGGCACUGGUAAAGUCAGUGGCUGGAGCCGCCUGAGGAGUGGCUUGAAAUAUGGAUUUGUUGCUGUGACUUUGUCUGCUGGUGUUCUCUAUGCUAUAGCUGAAGAACCCCAAAAACGGAAAGUCAGAGUGCUCUUUGGUGGAAUAAACAGAUUUUUUAGAUCUCUUUCAAUUGGAACAAUAAUUUCUUUGGAUUACAAGUACAACUUAUGGGGGUUAAAAGAAGACUCAGAUGAAUAUAACGAAGCUUUGAGUCCUUGUCAUAAAAGGGCAGCAGAGCGUUUAUUGGCAGGUUGUUUAGCUAAUGGAGGACUGUAUGUAAAACUAGGACAAGGCCUUGUAUCAAUGAACCACAUACUGCCCAGAGAAUAUUUAGAAACACUAGUAGUUCUUCAAGAUAAAGCUCUUCCCAAGAAAGCUCAUGAUAUAGAUCAGCUUUUUACUGAGGAUUUUGGUAAAACACCUCAGGAAAUUUUCAAGAGUUUUGAGGAGGAGCCAAUAGCAGCAGCCAGUUUAGCUCAGGUUCAUAAAGCUGAAACUCAUGAUGGACAGAAAGUGGCGGUCAAGGUGCAGUACAUAGACCUACAGGACAGGUUUGCUGGUGAUGUACGGACUUGUGAGAUUAUACUGAAGUUAAUUGGAUGGAUGCAUCCCAAGUUUGCCUUUGCAUGGGCUUUACAGGACCUAAAGGACACAUUAGAACAAGAAUUAGACUUUGUAAAUGAAGGGAAAAAUUCAGAAAGGUGUCAAAGUGAUCUAGGACAUUUAAAGUAUGUUUAUGUGCCAAAAGUUCACUGGGACAAAACUUCAACAAGAGUUCUUACUGCUGAGUUCAUAGAUGGACACAAGAUAAGUGAUAAAAAGGCUAUUGAGAAGAUGGGACUAUCAUUAUAUGAUGUUGACACGAAGUUAUGUAGGGCAUUUGCUGACCAGAUAUUCCUGUCUGGAUUUGUCCAUGCAGAUCCUCAUCCAGGCAACGUGUUUAUUAGAAAGGAUGCUAAAGGUAAAGCUCAGCUGGUGUUGCUUGACCACGGACUUUACGACAAACUAUCACCACAAGACAGACAAUCUAUGUGUAACCUAUACAAGGCAAUUGUCCUCAACAAUGAAGACAACAUGCAGAAGUUCUCAAAGGCUCUGGGAGUUGAUGAUUAUCAGGUAUUCUGCCUUCUAACAAAGCAGGGCAGGGUUGUGUUUGAGAAAGCACCUCCAUUGUUUCGACACAAAAUCUUGACAAAGAAGGAAUUUUAUGAACUACCUCCAGAGAUCAAGGCUGAGUGGUUAGAAGACUACCAUGCCCUCCAUGAUCGAAUUCGUCUUGUAGUAAGACAGAUGCCGACUGGUCUUUUCUUUAUUUUUAGGAAUAUGAACACCAUUAGAGCAAUAUGUCAGGAACAUGGUCAUGUAGUGGACAGAUAUGGUAUUAUGGCAAAGAGUGCAAUGAGAGGUGCACGUAAGUUUGGCAUUCAGGAUAUAACCUGGUCAGGGAAGAUAAAAGCAUGGUUAGAGAUGCUACAUUAUGACUAUCGCAUCAGGGCUGAGAACUUUAAAAUAUGGCUGGGAAUUCUAUAUCUUCGUAUUUUGGUCUGGUUAGGACGAGUGCCAUCUUUAGAAGAAAUUAGAGGAAUCAUAGAAAAAGAGCAGAAAAGAUUAAAUCCUGUAUGAGUAAAGUACAACUAGGAACAAAUUGAAAGAAUAUUUUAUUUUUUAAGAACUGUAUGCACAGUGUUUUACAAAGUAUUCUGUUUGCCAUAAAAAUGUGGGACUCCCUCCAUAUUUUUUUCCUCUUAAAAUAAGACAUUUGAUAUUUAGAUAACACUAGAUGAUAUUAUAUAGCAUAUAUUUUACCUAGGAGCUCAUUUUUACGUGAUCUAAUUUUGAAAUCUUGUAUCUCAGAAAUGACUGUAGUCUUGUGAAAGUUUAAAAUAGAUACAUGUAUUUGCCAAGAUGUAUGCAAAUUCUGCACCUGCCAUAGACCUUUACUGCUUUGUAUUUCAGAAUCCCAGUGGAAAAAAAUCACUCUGUAAAGAUGUAUUUUUAUAUACAAGUUUACUUGUUAUUUUGUAGAACCAUGUAUUUAUACUUGACUAUGCACUGUGUAAUGUAUACAUUUUAAUCUGUGAAUGUCAAUGUAAUCAGAAUUUGUUAUAGAAAAUUUUCUU